AUGUCUGUGUCUUUCUCUUUGCCGUCAUUUGCACAUAUUGUGGUUGCCAUGCUGCUAGUUAUUUUGACCCCAACUGUAAGGCUACCUGUCUCCGUGAAGUCUAAUGCUGAUGCUGGCCCUGUGUGGCAAUCUAAAGUUCCAAAGUUUCGGGUCUUGGUUCACUCACCUUUGAAGCGCACAUCGGGCCUUUCAGGAGCAUAUACAUAUACCAUGUAUAGUGUUACUUCACUGUUUUCUUCGGCUACAGAUGAAUCAUAUGAUCCAUACAUCCCACCGAUCUCUCCUACCCGCAUAACAGUUCAACGGCGGUUCUCUCACUUCAUUGUGUUACACACUUCAACUAGACGUCUUCCUGGCAUUGCAAAUGAUGCGGAUUGGAAAUGGCUUAUGCCCCAAUUACUUUCAAUGCCUGCUGCUGGGCCUUCAUUCUUCGCUCACAUUUUUCAUCCCGCAUUCAACGUAGAUCUGGACGAUGCCACAGAAGUAAUUGAUCGCUUCAGUCAUCACACCCUUGCAGUGAGCAAGGGCACGCAGAGCUUGAGAGAUGUUUUUGGUUGCAUUCGUGAAGUGAGACUAGAGAUGUCGAAAGCCGAAUGA